ACAAAUAUUAAAAAUACAAAACAUUAACUAUGCGUUCCAUCUUUUGCAGUUUGUAACCGCGAAUGUCCCCGGAAUUAGUCAUCCGAGUAGAUGUAUUCACACGGACCUUUUUGGGCGACACACCCCCUCUGUCGCCAAUCGCAAUAUUUAAAAUGGCUGUUACUCUUCACACCGAUUUAGGGGACAUAAAAAUUGAAAUAUUCUGUGAACGCGCUCCGAAAGCUUGCGAGAACUUUCUCGCCCUGUGCGCCAGCGGCUUCUACAAAGGGUGUAUCUUCCACCGAAACAUUAAAGGCUUCAUGGUGCAAACUGGGGACCCAACAGGCACCGGCAAAGGAGGAACUAGCAUAUGGGGCCGUAAGUUUGAAGAUGAGUUCAGUGAACAUUUAAAACAUAAUGUUAGAGGAGUGGUCUCCAUGGCAAAUAAUGGUCCAAACACCAAUGGCUCCCAGUUUUUCUUCACGUACGCCAAGCAGCCUCAUCUGGACAUGAAAUAUACUGUGUUUGGAAAGAUUAUUGAUGGCUUAGAAGCGCUGGAUGAGCUGGAGAAACUCCCCGUGCAUGAAAAAACUUUCCGACCGUUGACUGAAACUCGCAUUAAGGAUGUAACCAUUCAUGCCAACCCCUUUGCUGGGUAGAAAACUUCACAUUUUGCCCAAAAAAACUGUUUUCAACGUAUUCUUAUGGGAAAAGUUUCCAGAUGAAUGAUUUUAUUUUUUUUUUGUAGUAAAUAAAAUGUGAUCAAAUGUAUAA